AUGGCAGACAAGGCUGUGUCGACCGUCGCCAAGCCCCAGAUGCGGGGUCUCCUCAAUGCUAUCAUCAAACGCAACUUGAUUGUGGCUAUAACUAUGGCUGGUAUUUCUGGCUUUGCAUUCAAGCAGCUGGUUGCUAAUGAACGCAAGAGGCGUUAUGCCGAGUUCUAUAGGAAUUACGACGCCGAGAAAGAAUUCGAAGAGAUGCGCCAGAAGGGUCUCUUCCAAUCGUGCUAA